UUUAGUUCCGUUGGCAGAUUUGGUUGGCACACUCUUGUCCUGCACGUUGACAUUGGUACAAGGCAGAAUGGGAGCGUGGACUUCAACGCCUGCUGCUCCUACAGUUGAAGCUGAGGCAAUGAUGAGCACCCGUCUUCAAGGCUUUCCUAUGCACAAAGAGGAUCAGUCAGUUAAAGCAGUGUCUCCCCCACCACAAUGUCCCCUGCAUCAAGCCCAGCCUGCUGGAGUGUCUCCGCCUGCAGAGUGUCCCAUGCACGGAGCAGAAGCGGGUCCAGUUCACCAGGACCGGGCCUAUGAGUUUGUUUCAUGCCCCAUGAAAGCUGCGGCAGGCUUGAAUAGUGACGUGGACCCAACAAAUAUGAUGCCCCCCCCUAACCAAACACCUGCUCCAGACCAGCCUUUCAAGUUGUCUGUGUCUCGAGAAGAAUCUUCCAUUCCGCGCCACGGCACAGACAAGAACUGGGUGUACCCGUCUGAGCAGAUGUUCUGGAAUGCCAUGCUGCGAAAAGGCUGGCGCUGGCGUGAGGAUGACCUUGCUUCAGGGGACAUGAACAACAUCAUCAAGAUCCACAACAAGAACAAUGAGCAGGCCUGGCAGGAGAUCUUGAAGUGGGAGGCCCUCCACGCUGGUGAAUGUCCAUGCGGUCCAGCCUUGAAGAGGUUUGGAGGUAAAGCCAAGGAAUACUCCCCACGGGCUCGCUUCCGCCACUGGAUGGGCUAUGAGCUACCGUUUGACCGCCAUGACUGGAUCAUCGACCGCUGUGGGAAGGAGGUACGCUACGUCAUCGACUACUAUGAUGGAGAGGUGGACAAAGACACAUACCAGUUCUCCAUCCUGGAUGUACGCCCAGCCUUGGACUCUUUAGAUGCUGUGUGGGAUCGUAUGAAAGUGGCCUGGUGGCGCUGGACCUCCUAAAAAUCUCACGCAUGAUCUGCAUGCAAAGGUUUUUAGCUCUUUGCAAGAUGUGGAAAAGGCAAAGCAUAGUGUCUUGUAAGAAACUACAACCCAUCAUGUCAUUUCUACUUUCUACGUAUGUUCUUAGCUAUAAGUCACUCCACAGCGGAUGUCAAAUCUCUGGAACAAUAUCACAGUUUUCUGCCUUUAGCCGCCUGUUAGCAUGGAACCAGAACCAGAAGUCAUUGUCACCCGUCUACGAUGUCAUCAGCACUUGGCAGUGCAGUUUUUUUGCUAACUACUACAGUUAUGCCACAAGUCAAUUCAAGAAAUAACUCCUACCUUUACUGUACAUCAAUGCAUUUGUCAUCAGCACCUAAACUACAUACAGUAUAUUCAAUUCUCACCACCAUCCGUACUGUACGAAUACGUGUAUGUACUUCCAAUAGUUUUCUAAAUGUAAACGUACAACAGUUCUGUGUUUAUCUUUGGGUGUCUGCAAUGGGAACGUGGAAUUGGUGAGGGUAUGUUUGUGUUUGGAAGAGAGAAAUGCAGCUAACCGAGGUUCCAGUGUAUAUGUCCCAAACCAUGAGCGCCCUCUAGUGGCUGUCAACGGCAAUGUUCACCCCUUGCUGGAUGACAGUCAGCACGAACGGACAUUUCAAACCAUGUACAGUACCGAUAUUGUCAUGUAUACGGUAGGUCACACCUGACUUUGGAAGUCACUGGACCAGCCAAAGUCAGAAAAAGUGGGACUUAUUGUCCAGAAAAGACAUUAUUAUUAUAUAAUAUUAUUACUAUUAUUGUUAAACAGUUUCUGCAAGCAGCUCAUUUCAUGUCAACACACUUGAUGUUGUGAAUAUGUACUGCAUUGUGUGCCUGCCGAUGACUUGUUGAAAGAAUAAAUAAGCUUGUCUGUGCUCACUGAAAGGACUUCCAUCACCUGCUGCUGAAUAAAUAUAAGAAUAGCUAGGCCUUAAUGAGUAUAUAUCAUCAAUAAAUCAUUUCAUAUGUCCCAUUCAUAUUAGCAUCUUUGAGAGGAAAUCAGCUGCACAAAUGCAGUAUGGGUGAA